AUGAUUUAUUUCUUUGAGUUGUUUUGUUAUUGGCCUAUUUGAGGGUCCCACUGCUAGGCAAAAGCCUCUCCCCUUGAUUUCCACGACUUCCAAUUUGGGCGUGGUGACAAAACGGCCAAGCCACAUAUUUUGACUAAGGUGUAGAGUUUGUGAAGUUAGUGCUUGUAGAAUUAUUAGCUUGGUUCUACAGUGCGAGCCUUAUGGUUUCGUCUUAUCAAAAUUUUACAUGGAAAUACAAUACAAUACAAUUCAAAUACACUUUAUUGCACACCUCAAUACAGAAACAGUACAAAUAAUACAACACAUAAAGUAGAGGUAAACAACAGGCGGUCUUAUCGCUAAAAAGCGAUCUCUUCCAGACAACCUUUAGGUAGCGGAAUAAAAAAAAAAGGCAAUGUUUUUAAUGUGAAAAUUUUGUGUCUGGUAUAAUCCAAACACAAGUUAUGAGGGCUCAAAAAAACGACAAUGCGCUUCGAGAAAAGGUAGGUAGUGCCUUUGCGCUUCGCUUCUCUCUUCUUUAUCUUGGCUGGGGCACUGCCGUGCCCCCAUAUGUCACACAAUUAUCAUCAUAUAUUAUGUUUAAUCAUCAGUAUGGACAGCUUGAAUUGAUUAGAUAUGCAACCGGUAAUUUAAGCAAUUAGUCUCGUCGAAACAUGCAGUAUCAAAACUACCGCUGCUGCGCGUGUAUUCUUCCAUCUUGCUAGCACCUUGCAUGAUGCGUCCCUCGCUGCUGGUGCUGUCGCUGGCGCUGCUGCUGCCGGCGCGCGCCGACCGCUACCACCCGGAGCGCGCCGCGCGCCCCGCCGCCGCCGGGAGCUCGCGCGCCGCCACGCCGGACGCGGCCGAACGUGGCGCGGCCUACUGGUACUCGGAGGCGUUCGCCGCCAUCGACGAGCGGCUGACGGAACCCACUUAUGACGACGUGGCGAAAAAUGUGAUUAUGUUCCUGGGUGACGGGCUGUCGGUGCCAACGCUGGCGCCGGCGCGCACGCUGCGCGGCCAGCGCGCCGGCCGCACCGGCGAGGAGGAACGACUUUCCUACGAGCACUUUCCUGUCACUGGACUUGCUAAGACGUACUGUGUGGACAAGCAGAUCCCGGACUCGGCGUGUACGGCCACGGCGUACCUGUGUGGCGUGAAGAACAACUACGGCACGCUGGGAGUGACGGCGGCCGUGCCGCGCUACGACUGCGCCGCCUCCGCCGACACCGCCACGCACGUCGACUCCAUCGCCGCCUGGGCGCUCGCCGACGGACGCAGCGCCGGCAUAGUGACAACAACGCGCAUCACACACGCGUCUCCGGCCGGCGCGUAUGCCAACAUUGCCGACCGCAGCUGGGAGAACGACGGCCAGGUCCGCGCCGCCGGGCACGACCCCGCACAGUGCCCCGACAUCGCCGACCAGCUUAUCAACUCGCAACCUGGCAACAAGUUUCAGGUAAUUUUGGGCGGUGGGCGUCGCGAAUUCCGGCCGAAUACUACAAACGAUGAGGAGGGCCAACGGGGCCGGCGCUGGGACGGACGCGAUUUGGUGGAGGAAUGGCAAGCGCAGCGUGAAGAGGCCGGACAAUCGCACGCUUAUGUCUGGAACCGCACCGAGCUGCUCGACGCUAUAAGCAACCCUCCCGACUACCUGCUGGGAUUGUUCGAAAGUGGCCAUAUGCAGUACGCGGCGGAGGCACGCCAGGCGGGCAACGACGAGCCCACGCUGGCCGAGAUGACAGAGGCGGCCAUCCGCGUGCUGUCGAAGAACCCGCGCGGUUUCUUCUUGUUUGUUGAGAGCGGCCGCAUCGACCACGCCCACCACGACAACAUGCCGCACCUGGCACUGGACGAGACGCUGGCGUUAGCUGACGCGGUGCAGCGCGCCGACGAGCUGUUGCCGGCCGCAAAUACACUGCUCGUGCUCACUGCGGAUCAUUCGCACGUCAUGGCGUACAAUGGCUACUCACGCCGCGGCAACGACAUCCUCGGCAUCUCUGACGAUAUAGGAGACGACGACGUGCCCUACAUGACGCUCUCCUAUACCAACGGGCCCGGUUACCGCGACCAUGUCGAUGGAAAGCGCGCUGAUGUUACGCGUGACUAUACCUUCCAGGCGGUCGCUUGGCGAACACACGCAGAGGUACCGCUCGAGUCGGAGACGCAUGGUGGUGACGACGUGGCGGUGUUCGCUCGUGGGCCGGCGCAGGCCCUGUUCACGGGGCUGUACGAGCAGAGCCAGCUGCCGCACCUCAUGGCGCACGCGGCGUGCCUGGGCCCCGCCGCCGAGCGUCGCGAUGCCUGCAGCGGCUCCGCCACGCUCUCCGUGCCCUUAGUUGCGUUACUAAUCUCCGUAGUCGCCGCGCUCUUCUAUUAGCUUUAAAGAAUAUGAUAUUUUAAUAAUUAUAUGAAUCAUCUUGAUAUUAUAAUAGAUAUGUCGCAGUCAAUUGUAAGAUUCCGCCUUUUACGAACGGCGACGUCAUUGUACAAACGUGAAAUGAUAUACAAAUUGACAAAGCCAAAUUGUUAGUGCGCUCAGCUGUCGGCCCGAUUCAAACUUUAAGAUACGUCAAAUAUUAGGUCUAGAUACGAUAUGGAUUGUCAGUGUUAAAAGUGACGUUCUUGUUUGAAGAAAACUUUAAUAUACGUCAAAUAUUAGGUCUAGAUCAACACCUAAUAUUUGUCGUAUCUUAAAAUUCGAAUCGGCCCGAGUGUCAGAGUAAACAUUCUUACAAAAAUUGACUAACUCCCACGAUAAGCCAAGAAGGUUUGUGUAGUUGCUACUCAGACAACGAUAUAUAUAAUAUACAAAUACUUAAAUACAUUGAAAACAUCCAUGACUUGAAUGCGCUUACCGGGAUUCGAACCCUGGACCAUAACAGUGAUGGUAGUCUAAGGCUAACCAUGGUUUGCUGUUUUAUAAAUUUAUAUUACCUUUUACACCAUGCCAUUGAUUAUGGAAUCAAGGUUACCAUAACCUCAAGCUCACCCAAAACCGAAUCAUGUAGAGCGAAUCGGAGGCGCGGAAGGAGAGCAGCUGCGAAGCCGAGUGUAGUGACCGUGCUUCGUCACGCGAGGUCGGAAGACCUGCGUUUCCGCAACGCUGGAAUCCAGAAGCCUCCCCACCCCCCACGCCCCGAUUUAGUCCUACGAACUCCAGAUUUGAUGGACCCUCUAGCAUUUUUCAUUGUUUUGAUGUGCAGCGCCUCGCGUAGUAAAUUAAAGAAUUAAUUCGACCAAAAUGCCACGGAAAAUUGCAAACACGUUUCACGUUUGUAAAAUGACAACGCCGUUUCUAAAAGGCGCGGAAUCUUAUAAUUUGCCUGCGACAUUUAUGCCUUUUUAAACCGCUGCCCAAAGAAGAUUGUAAGUAAUCUUCCAUUUUUGUGAGGAAAAGGAGUGCGAAUCUGUAAAUACGAGUAGGUGUGUGGAUGGACCUGCUAUUAUUGUUUAUUAAUUCCACCAUAACAAUUAUAGCUUAAUCUAACUAUCUAGGAGUGUGAAGAAUAAUUUCAAUCCUUGCUUUAUUCUGAGUGUCUAUCACGUGACACGUCUUUAAAACACCUGUUAUGUUGAAAUGAACUCCCAUUAAGUAUAACUUGUUUUCAUUGCAUCCAAGAGGCUUCUUAUUGCAAUAUAAGACAUAACCAAAAGAAAAUUACUUUGUAGACACAAUAAUAAACGUGUAAUUAUAUAUGCAAAAAUAAACUUUUUUAGUUUAUAUAUUUACAUGCCAUUAACUGUCAAGAAUUUUACCUAUUUAUUGUAGCUGUUCAUGAGUGACCAUGAUGGUUAUGUAUAAGUCAGUAACGAUUAAAUUAUUACUUAACGAAACAAGAUUUCAAGUUUUGCCAAAUAUUGUGUAUUUUGUUCUAAUGAUAAGAACAGACUGAACUUUAAUACCUAUAAAAUAGGAAAAAUAUCAAUAAAUUGAAUUUUCUAAGAA